CCAAGCGGCUAACGAGCCGAUCAGUGGUGAAGAGGAUAAAAGUAAAAAGGAUAACUGACAGAUUAACAAAACGUUGGAUAACAAUUCAUUUUUAUCCAACAAAACUAUUCAUUCGCUGUUUAUCCUAUGAAACAUAAAGUACAUAUCAUAAUAUACUGUAUUGCAGUCUAUACCGUCACCAAAGGAAAUAUAUUCUAAGCAAUAAAAGAAGUAAAUUAAUAUGAUUCAUGAAAAAUGAAAGAAUCAACUCAAAGCAUCAGGCUUAGAAACAGCAUUAUACCUGUAUUGAAUUUUACUGGAUGGGACCGAAGAACGUUGGUGAUUCCCACUAGUAAACAGGGUGUUGUGUAAUGUGCGGCAUGAGUUGGUCCCUCAUAACCUGGUGCUGUAAACUACGGUGAAGUUGUCACCGAGACCACGUACGACAGACAGAAUUCUAUAGCUAUGUCUGACCUGAAGCCCCUACACCAAAUGGUAUCAUCGUGCACGGGGGCGGUAAUUACUGCAGUGUUCAUGACUCCAUUUGAUGUUGUGAAAGUGAGAUUGCAGGCUCAACAGAGGGCAGAACUUAGCCGAACUUGCUUUCUUUAUUGCAAUGGUCUGAUGGAUCAUAUCUGUAAAUGUGCACAAUCAAUAUGCACCCACCCUGAGCGUGAUUUGUGGUAUAACCGUCCAGUACAGCUUAAUGGAACACUGGAUGCCUUUGUUAAGAUAUCCAAACAAGAAGGAAUUCAAUCUCUCUGGGCUGGCCUACCACCUACACUUAUUGUGGCAAUACCCAACACUGUUAUAUAUUUCACAACUUAUGAACAACUUCGUGCAGCCGUUCUGAGAUAUCUACCUGGAGAUAGGCAAGACCCUCCCUCAUGGGCAGGAGGGGUAGCAGGUGGUUUAGCAAGAAUUUGGUCUGUUAGUGUCGUGUCGCCAUUUGAACUUAUUCGAACAAAGAUGCAAGCACAGAGUAUCUCAUAUAAAGAGUUGGUGAAAACAUUACAAAUGGAAAUCACCAAUACAGGAAUCAUCAGCUUAUGGAAAGGUUGGGUGCCAACAAUUCUGCGAGAUGUGCCUUUUUCUGUUAUGUAUUGGUACUCAUAUGAGAUGCUGAAGACCACUAUGAAUCAACAGCAACCAACAAUUCACUUCUCAAUGUUUGCAGGGGCUGUAUCUGGAGGGAUUGCAGGUGCCCUAACUCUACCACUGGAUGUCAUCAAAACACACCGACAAAUAGAAAUUGGUGAGAAGGAACUGUUUUCAGCAAACUCCAAGAGCUCUUCAACAAAGCAGAUGCUUCUGAACAUCUACAAACUGCAAGGCAUGAAGGGGUUGUUUUCUGGGCUAGUGCCAAGAUUAGCCAAAGUGAUGCCAGCAUGUGCCAUUAUGAUUUCAACCUAUGAGUAUGCAAAAAGGUUCUUUAGAAAUCAUAAUCAAUUGGAUAGUGUUUGUAAAGAAUAGCACUAUGUUAUAAUAUAUUCUAUUAUUUUUCCCAUACAACUACUAAAAUAGUCUAGAGAUCAUAGUGUGGUGAUACACAAAAUCAUCUACUUUAGUGCCAAUUGGAUGUUGAGCUGAAGGUUGUUGAUGUUCUGUUCCCUAUCUUCAUUACCUUUGCACCCAAAGCUGCCAAACUUGGGUCAUUGGUAUAAGUUUCCUUGAAGGCUUGACACAUAAUUUGUUCUUCACUCAAAAGAGGAUUUUCAUUUCAUCAUUUUAUCCCCUCAAUUCCCAGAGAAGGUGGAUCAAGUGCACAAUAUGUUUAAAGGCAACUUUUGUCUCUUGGUACACAACUGAAUUUAGGGGUACCUCUAGAAGUGAUGCUUUUUAACCACAACAGUGGGUCCUUGCUCCUAAAUUCAUUCUAGUCUGUCUAAUUUGUGUUAUUAUUAUUUUCUUAAUUUAAUAGCCUACUGUAUUUUUGGGUGGCUUAUUAAUAUUUCUAAUAUAUUGACUAUCACAUUUUGAAGUGUUCCAUACAUGUUUCUUUGUUAUAACUGUAUUGUACAGUAUUCCAUCAUGUAGGGUGCUCUUGUUUCCUUAAUACUUUACUGUCAUUUACCUCGCUCAAGUACACUCUUGUCAUUAUCACCAUGUCUUUCCUCUAACCACUUCAGCAUAUAGUAUUACCGUACUCUAGUACAGUAUAUCACUUUAACUUACUGUCGUCAACUUUUUAUCACAUCAUCUUGCUGUCUUCAACUUUAACUAAUAACACAUAAAAUUUUAAUUUUAUGUCAGUCUGCAGUCUUCCUUGCAUCAUUUUUCCUUCUGAAAAUGUCUUCAUAGCUCAUAAUAUAGUUUACAGUAUUUUGUACGUGUUAUAUUUCUGCAGUUGGCUGUGCUUUAAUCCAACCAAAUGCUCACUUAUGGAGCCUUUUUCUAUACAUACACUACUUUCAUUGAAUCCAUAGACUGUCUACUCUUCUGCAUUUUCUUGGUAAUGUCAGCCAUAAUAGUGACAAUAUCAAGUUUAUUGCUGCUCUUAUCUUAACUGGAUGCACCAGCUGCAUAAUUUGAAUUCUGAAUCUUUGCAGUUUUUAUUGAAUUCAUAAACAUUGUUAUGCAUUCCUGUUGGGCAAAAUUUUUAUUGGUACAGUACUUUAUUUUCAUAGUGUGAGAAGCUCGGUGUAUGAUUGACAAACUUCCAAUGUUUCCAUUUUCUGUUUUCAACAUCAGAAGAAUGGUCUAGUCUUCACCAAACAAAUGGCUGUGCACUUGGUUUUAGUAUAGUUGUCAAUUGUAUGUCCGGUGCUUCGUAUGCAUUCAUAAUUCAACUUAAUUUUUUGUUUAAUGUACCCUGUAUUUUCUUUGAAACUUUAAUAACUAUUCACUUCUUAGUUCAGGAUUUCAAUAAAAGGGUUUCAAAAGGUUACACCUUUACUGUCAUCAUGCUAUACUCUGUAAACUUUCUUGUUACAAGGUAUGUGAGAUAAUUAAACAACUACUGUCCAGUACUUCUAAAAUG